ACUCUCUCCUCUCCUUUUGUACAUCACUUCGAACUCCAAAGCAAAUAUUAAGACUUCACUUGUCUAUUUCUUUCCCUGUAACCCAGUUAGAGAAUUCCUCAACUCGCAUUCAAAUAAACAAAAAUGCCACGUGACCAGCUUCUGUCUAGAAUUGCAACCAAUGAGGGACAUGGUGAGAACUCUGCCUACUUCGAUGGAUGGAAGGCUUACGAUAGGAACCCUUUUCACCCUAUUGAUAAUCCUGAUGGGGUUAUCCAAAUGGGUCUUGCUGAAAAUCAGCUUUCUUUUGAUCUGAUAAGAGAUUGGAUUAAGCGAAAUCCUGAAGCCUCUAUUUGCAAUCUUGAAGGAGCUUCCAAGUUCAAAGAUGUUGCCAAUUUUCAGGAUUAUCAUGGCUUGCCGGAGUUUCGACAGGCUAUUGCCAAGUUUAUGGGGAAGGUUAGAGGCAAUCGGGUAACGUUCGAUCCGGACCGUAUAGUCAUGGGUGGAGGAGCAACCGGAGCAAACGAGACGAUAAUGUUCUGUUUGGCUGAUCCUGGCGAUGCUUUCCUCGUUCCCUCUCCUUACUACCCAGCAUUCGAUCGUGACCUGACAUGGCGAACUGGUGUGAAGAUUAUUCCAAUUGAUUGCUACAGCACCAACAAUUUCCAGAUAACCAAAGAAGCACUAGAAGUAGCAUAUGCCACAGCUAAAAAAUCUGGCAUCAAUAUCAAAGGCUUGAUCCUGGCCAACCCAUCAAAUCCACUUGGGACAAUCUUAAACAGAAAGACACUGAAAGACCUAGUAAGCUUCAUAAAUGAAAGAAACAUUCACUUGGUCAUAGACGAAAUUUAUGCAGCUACUAUCUUCAGCUCCCCUAACUUCGUAAGCAUCUCUGAGAUCAUACGAGAAAUGGAUUGCAACCGCGAUCUAAUUCACAUUGUUUAUAGCUUGUCCAAGGACAUGGGUCUUCCUGGUUUUAGAGUUGGCAUCAUUUACUCAUACAAUGAUGCAGUUGUUUGCUGUGCACGUAAGAUGUCAAGCUUUGGAUUAGUCUCUUCACAAACUCAAUAUUUGCUCGCCGCGAUGCUUUCUGAUGAGGUGUUUGUAGAUGAUUUUCUGGCGGAAAGUUCAAGAAGGUUAAAGAAAAGACACAGUUUGUUCACAAAAGGACUUGAACAAGUAGGGAUCACUUGUUUAAAGAGCAAUGCCGGUCUUUUUGUUUGGAUGGACUUGCACCAUCUUCUUGAGGAACAAACAUUCGACGGGGAAAUGGCGUUAUGGAGGGUGAUUAUUAACGAAGUGAAGCUCAAUGUUUCGCCAGGUUCUUCUUUCCACUGCAAGGAGCCCGGUUGGUUUAGGGUAUGCUUCGCUAAUAUGGAUGAUGAAACUGUUGCCACUGCAUUGAAAAGGAUACGAGCAUUUGUGGGUAAGGGAAAGGAAGAACAAGAAAAAUCAACCAAGACUAGUAAGCGAUGGCAAAAGAAUCUUCGGCUCAGCUUCUCAGGCCGUAGAUUUGAAGAGGGAGUCAUGUCACCACGUAUUAUGUCUCCUCACUCUCCAAUUGCCCAUUCACCUCUUGUUCGAGCUAAGUAAAAAAAAAGCAACACUUAGUACAGCAAUCUCUCUACUGUGUGGAUACAAUAAGGUUAAUUAUUUCCAAGAUUCUUUCUUUAGGGUAACUAUCACUGAAUUUUUAUUUUUAUUUUUUUAUUUCCCAUUAGCUGUUAGCUUUUUUUGGGGAAUAUUAUUGUUUUUAUGUGUGGGAUUAAGAAAGUUAAUAGUCAUGUAUCAACACGUACUAAGUACGCUUAAUUAGCUGAUCUUUUGGAGAGGGAGAGUUUUGAAAAUAAGUAAUGUACGUAAGUGCAAACUACAUCGCUCUCCUUUUCUUCUUUUUCAUUAUAACAAUGUUUAAUUGCAAUGACAUAUCUUCACUAAUUUCAAGUAA